ACUGAUGGUGCAACUGCUUGUCUUCUGAUGACAGAAGAAAAAGCUCUCUCUUUGGGCUUAAAACCAAAAGCAUAUUUAAGAAAUUUUGUUUAUACUGCACAAGAUCCCAAAGACCAAUUGCUCUUAGGGCCUACAUAUUCUACAUCUAAAAUCCUAGAUAAAACUGGCUUAACUCUAAAAGAUAUUGAUGUUUUUGAGUUCCAUGAAGCUUUUGCUGGCCAGAUUUUAGCAAAUUUUAAAGCCUUGGAUUCUGAUUGGUUUGCACAAACUUACUUGAAUCGUAAACAAAAGGUUGGUGCUCCACCUAUUGAAAAAUUUAAUCUUUGGGGUGGCUCCCUCUCUCUUGGACAUCCUUUUGGUGCAACUGGAGUUCGUUUAGUAACAACAGCUGCCAAUAGAUUAAUCAAGGAAGGAGGUCAACUAGCUCUUGUUGCUGCCUGUGCAGCAGGUGGAUUAGGUCAUGGACUUAUUGUUGAGCGUUAUCCUAACUAAUUUUGUUUUGCCUACAUUGUGAAGUAAGCAUUAUAUAUACACAAUUGUGACAUUUUGAAUAUUAGAUGUUAUUUAUGAUACACAUAAUCAAACAUUAAUUUUGUAAAAAAAAUUUCUUUAAUUAAAUAUAUUUAUACAACAGGU